AUGUUCAACAACUUUUUGACUAAAAUUGUUAUGCUCAUGCUUAGAAGAUCAACCGCUAUCAAACCAAGUAUCAGAAACAAGGCCCUUUUCCAUAUUGUUAGAAAUAAGGCUCGCAGUAGUAUCGAUUUCUAA